UAUUGUUUGUUGUUGUUUUGUUUUGUUUUGUUUUGUUUUAUUUUGUUUUAUUUUUGUUUAGUUUUUUCCUCCUUAAUGCAAUUUGCCAUACAUCUAAUCAAAUGUAAAUUGUUUUCUAAAUUUCUCCUGUCUUCUAGCAAUUCCGAAUUCGUAGUAUAUUUAUUUAUUUAUUUAUUUUGUGUGUUUAUUAUUAUUAUUUUUUUUUUUUUUUUUUUUUUUUUUUACUUUUUUUUUUUGUUGUUGUUGUAAUUAUUAUUUUUUAAAUUAUUAUUAUGCCAUCGUUACAGAAAAGUAACACCCCUAUCUCACCUAUUGACUUGGUUGAAGCAAGACGUCUAAGUUCGAUGGCUUAUUUCAUUCUACCCAGGAUGAAAACUAGAAGACCCGAUUGGAUUAUAAUAAUGUUAGUUAUUCUGGCAGUAAUAGUCGAUAAAGUGACGCCAACAUUCAAUUGCAGACGACAUAGCAUCACGUGCGCCAAUUCUGGCACGUGCGGCUCAGAUGGUCAGUGCCACAGCUGUCCGGGUUACCAAGGUUACGACUGUCAGCUUCCUUUGGCGUACAUUGGAAAGAACGACUGCGUGGGUAGCAACCACUGUCGUAACGCUGCCAUCUGUUAUGACGACACUGAUGACAACGACAUCACUAAAGUGAAGUGUCACUGUCUGCCGCAACACACGGGAGAUCGGUGCAGUCAGGCGCGCUUCACUGUGACGUGCACCAAUAUCCAGAUGGACAUCUCUAUAAUUCCCUACUCUGCUACCGCCGCUGUAUACGGGAAAGACAAGAAAGGGUCAUGUGACCUGACAGAGGCUUCAGGGGUGUGGACGAGGACGUCCAUCUUACACUCCACAGAUUCAGCGUGUGGGUCAGCCGACAUCACCCUGAGUCCUACAACCUUCGCUCGUCAGUUCAUCGUACAGGAUUUCAAUAACAGACUGUCUGACGCCGAUUUCGUCGUCACGGCUGUUUGUUCCCAAGAUAUUUCCAUAGGAACAGUCUCGACCUCUCCUUUUGAUGUGACUCCGUACAUUGGUGAAUUAGAAGUUCAGUUGGAAUCUGGUGACGUCACGCUGUCCAGUGUUGACCCAGUUGGAUCGGUUCGGCAAAUAGGUGACCUUGUGACUUUAACCUUCACCGGAAAUGACGGUUUGGAGGAAAUUCUGCUGGAUUCAAUAGUUGCCAGUGACAACCAGGAUGGGGGAUCCACAGAAACACUGAUUUCAGCAGGAUGUCGAACGACUGGGAAGGAAGCAAUAGUUGCCACCAAUCCUGCUCAUCCUGAAGCCGACAAAACGAUCGUCGAGGUCAAACUGCGUCUGUUCCUUUUUAACUCCGGCCCUUCUCUGAAGCUCACCUUCACGUUCAAGACGUGUCUCACUGGAAACACGGUGGAUUGUGCUGCUAUGUCAUGUUCGAGGAAAAGAAAACGAGACGUUGCAAGUUCAGCAGCAUCAAACAACACAAAGAGUGUUAUUGACGUCGUCUUUACAACCAAGGAAGCGGUCAGAUCAAACACAGAAUCGUCUGAUGAAAACCGCCAUUGUGAGGACUGUGAUGACGUCAUACUUCCGGUUGUGACGGGAGGAGCAGCGUGUUUUGUUGGAUUACUAGUUCUGGGUCUAGUGCUGGUGGCUGUUAAACGAUGGCGCCACAAAUACUCAAAAGACAGCCAUAUCGCACGUGACUCUGAACGUCACGUAAUACAAAUAGCCCAAUAGUCUAGCAUAAUAAGCCAACUCACGAACUGAGACAAUAGUGAUAUUAGGCUACAAACAAAACAAAACAUUCCACCCCAUAAUAAAUGAUAUUAUUUUGCGCUCUCAUGUAAGUUCCUUUUGGAGCAAAUCAAUCUUGUUAACAUUUUCUAAAAGAUUUUUUUAUAAAAGUAGAUGAGAUGUGUUUCAAUACAUUAAAAAUGUGGAAAGUAUAUUUAAUCCUUAUUUUGAAUUAUUAGACAAGUAUUCUAACAGAUCUAGGCAAUACACAUAUACAAUGUGA